CAUCAGUGGCAGGGAGUGAAUCUUUUUACAGGCACCAGCACAAAGAAGAAAAGCAUCAGAUACUCAGCACAUCAGAUAUGAGUCUCCAGGUUUGCAGCUGUUGUGGCUGGUCCAAAGUCACAACCUACCAUGGCCUGAGAACUCACCAGGGGAAGAUGGGAUGCACACCGAGGGGUGUGACGGUGACAGAGAGUGAACAGCAGUUCAUGUGGGGUCAUGUGGAACUUACAAACAAUCAGAAGGACAUUGAGCUGGAUGUCUACGCCUCCAUCAAGACUGAUGCAGUAUACUACUAUUCAGACAUGGACCUCCAGGUUUGUCACUGUGGCUGGUCCAAAGUUACAACCUACCAUGGCUUGAGAACUCACCAGUGGAAGAUGGGAUGCACGCCAAAGGGAAUGAGGAUCCCGAAGAAAGAGCAAUAUGACUGGAACAAUCAGCCGGCUAAAGGAGAGACUGUCAAGAAGGAGAAUGUGCCACGGUCAUCAAGCACCAACAGCCAUACCGUCUCUGUAGCAAUAACAGGCAGAGUCAAGGUGGAAUACAACUCAUCGUUUUCAACUCCACAACACUCUUCCAAAAAAGCCACAAAGUCACGCAGUCAGCUGCAGGAUUUCUGUACCCUUCCACAGGGGAGGAGAUCAGACAGGGAGCCUCCAACACCAGCAUACCCUGAAACAGUGGUGCGACCUAAGAAGAAAGACAGGAGGGACCAAACAUUAUCAAAGUAUGAACAGUGGUUACAUGAGGGGAGGAGAUCAGACUGGGAGCCUCCAACACCAGCAUACCCUGAAACAGUGGUGCGACCUAAGAAAGACAGGAGGGACCAAACAUUAUCACAGGUAGCAGACAGUAAUGCAAGGACAGGGUAUUGGAGCACCAACAACUAUACUGACCCUCCAACAGCAGCAACAAUCAAGGGAGAACCCGAAUCACCAAUUCUUCAACGCUCUUCCAAGAAAGCCACAAAAUCAAAGUCAGGCCAUCAGCUGCAGGAUUUCUACACCCUUCCACAGGUGAAUACAUCAGUCAGGGAGCAUCCAACACCAACAUACCCAGUACCAGUAGAAGAAAGGAAGAAGAAAGAAAGGAGGGAACAAACAUUGUCACAGGAAUAUUGGAGCAUCAACAGCCGUAAGGACUCUGCAACAACAGCCACAAUCAAAGAGGAGCCGAAAUCACCUGUAGCAGUUUCACUGCAGUCUUCUCAAGCAGCCAAAAACUCAACGUCAGGCUAUCAGCCACAUGAUUUCUCCACUGGUGUGCAGAUGACUAAAUUGGGAAAGGAGCGUCCACCUAUUCCACCAAAGGUGAAGAUCAAGGAACUUCCAACAACCACACACCCAGCAACAGUAGUGCGACAUAAGGAACAGCGCAGGGAGGAUCAAACGUUGUCACAGAAUGUGCCAGUAUCCCGGAGCGUCAACUCUGCAACAGCAACCACAAUCAAGGAGAGGCCAAAAUCCCCUUUUUCAACUCCACAACAACCUGUCCAAAGAGUGACAAACUCAAAAGCAGUCCAGCAGCUGCAGGAGUCCUGCACUGGUUUGCAGGUCAAUGGAUCGGGCAGGGAGGUUUCAAGAACUCCUCUGGCCACAGUGGUCCAGCCUAAAGUGAAGGACAGGAAUGAUCAAACACCAUCACAGAGUGUCCCCGAUUCAACAAAUUCUGCAGCAGUAGAGGCCACAACUAAGAAGGAUCCCAAAUCAGUGUGUGAGACUGCGCAGCCUGAUUCCUCCACUGGACUGAAGGUGAAGGAACUGGCCCAGAUGUUUUCAGCUGCCACAACCCAGGAAGCAGCAGUCCGACCAAAGAAGAAACGCAGAGGGGAACAGAAUCUAUCACAGGUGAAGCUAUUAGCCCAGGAACUUUCAAAGGCCACCACAGUCAGGGUAACAGCAGUCCAACCAAAGGAGAAUGGCAAGGAAGAUCCAAAGCUGUCACAGGUACAGAAUGUACCCGAUUCAGAAAGUGUCACCACCCAGAUGAAUUCUGCUUCUGCAGAAACCACAAAUGAGGAGGAGGACAUAUAUUCUGCCGCUGGUAUGAAGGUAAAGGAACUGGCCCAGAUGUUUUCAGCUAUCACAACCAACAAAACAGCAAUCCAACCAAAGGGGAAACACAAGGGGGAACAAAAUCUCAUGCAGGCGAAGCCAUUAGCCCGGAAAGUUUCAGCUACCACAGCACAGGUAGCAGCAGUCCAGCCAAAGGAGAAAGACAAGGAGGAUCAGCAGGUGAGACCCACCGACGUAAAGCACAAAAUCCAGAUGAGAGAACCAAAGGUGGAUCAAGGCUCCAGAAACUGGAGAAAAUGUCCUCCAUUGAACUGAAAUGGAUUUCCAAGUUUGCAGUGGACGUAAAGCUGGACCCAACCACUGCACACAGAUGCCUUGUUUCUGCUGAUGGGAAGAAAGUGAGUAACGGAGGAGGGAACCAGGAAGCUCCUGGGAGGUUUGGC